AUGUCUUUUACGACAAAUGACCGCGCUGGGCCGCUGCCUUUAUCUGCGACUUCGUCCAAGUUUCCUCUGCGUCUGCGACCAGGAAACGUGUCUAGACGACGCUCACGAUCCUUUUCCGGCUGGUCUCCGUCUCAACAACACCCAAAGCCACUACCUCCACCAACAAAGGACGACCUUUUGGCAACACCAAACCACCGACCAUCGACUUCGACAUCUACGAGUGCCAAACAAGCAAAGCUUUCCAUCUAUCCAGCCAGCGGAGGUAAUCCGACGCCGGCGCCGACGACGUCAAUCCCGUUUCGCCAACGAUUGGCCUCGUUUUCAAAGUUGCGCAUCCCGCUAGCGACGCCGUCUGCGAAUGGGCCGACACAGUUUAUCUAUCGGCCUUUCAAGAGCAAGCAGGAUGUACGAUCGCCCAACACGGCCACUGAAAUUGAAGGGAGGACAGCUGGAGUUACGCCCAGGCCCUCUGGCGAGUCGGAAUACGCCGCCACAAUCUACGGUAGCGAGGAUGAGCGCGCAGAGCCUCCGAUGAUCUCCCCAAAUAUCAUGGAUCUCCCCUCUCCGACAGCCGAGACGUCAAACGGGAUGAAGCGAUUCGUCAAGGGGCUCAAGGGAAUCCCGGCAAUGCUCUCCCCAAAGAGUCCCUCAUUCCGUCGAGUGACCAACUUUGUCAGGGGUGACCGCGAGAAGCAGCCCGAAACCGUCCCUAUGACGGCGCCGAUACAGGAAAACACGCCAAUAGAUUCAAAUAUUCUACGCUUCUCCUAUGACCCUGCGACCCGCCGAGUGACCGGGCUCGAGAACUGGCGAAAUUUCUUCCCGACUAGUUCAUCGGAUCCAUUCCAGAAUCAUCAAAUCUCGGAACAUCCGUUUGCUGGAGAAGAGUCGCAAAAGCAGGCCUCUGAGAAAAGUGCAAUUCUUCGAAGGAUUGGACAAAAGCUGGCCGAGCUUAUUGGUAGCGCUGGGGCAAGAGUGCCGGCAUCUUUCACAGUCGAGGUGUCGACCCCGGAAGACGUGGUCUUUCCGUCGAGCGAGCCCCAUCCAAUCAGCACACCGUUCAAUGUUGGACACCCUGUCAGCGUCAAGAGCGAUCCCCUAACCGGACGCCUGGUAGGGAUGCCCUCAGAGUGGAGCAAUGGCCAAGAAAAGGCAAACGGCCGUCGUCGUCAUCACCAGUCGGUCAUCAUUUCCGAAGUCAUCUCCGCCUCGAGCCUGAGCCGCUAUCUCAAGCCAGCGCCGAUCCCGGAUGCUAUUCACUCGCCACCCGAGGAAAGGGUGUCCUAUGUCCCCAUCUCCGAGCCCACAGAGUCCCACGAGGCUGUCCCUCCCACUCCUGGCCCCUCGACAAAGGAGCCGUCAACGACGCAUACUACUAGCCAUAGAAAGCCCGCUCCCAUGCUCUCACCUUCUGAAAGGAAACCAAGUAAUGCCACCUCGUCGCGCCAUAAGCGUAACCAUCUUAUCAACCCACUCCGUCUCCUCCCGCCGUCCGAACGCGUACUCGAAGUGUAA